CCCUCCACGCCGACGUCCUUAAUCCUCCACGCCGGAUUUUUGGCUUGAAUACGCCGCCAAUACAUGCUGCGUUAAAGUUGGUCUAAAUCCAAACCACUUUGUAACAUGAUCUGUCUUCAUCGUUUUCGAUUUCACACACGAAUCCCAUGUUCCAUAAUCACAACCACAUCAUCAUCAUCUUAUUAUUAUUAUUUUUAUUCCUCAAAUUCCCAAACAACAAUAUUAUCCCCUGUUCCAUUACAAAAAGACACACAAACUUAUCUUGAUCUUAUAAAAAAUCAACAUUGGAAUGCCCUCAAAUCCCUUCAUUCAACAACAAUUCCCCCUAACCUAUUUCUCCAACAUCUUUUCGAAUCGAAUGCUCCGGCCGACGUGGUUUUAUCGUACUUCAAAUGGUCCCAAAGGGAGUCUAAGGUAUCUCAUUCACUUGAACAUUAUCUUAGAUUGUUUUAUUUGUUGGCAAAUGCUAAUAAGUAUAGUAAAAUCAGAUCAUUGUUAGAUGAUAGAUGUUGUUUUGUUAGAAAUGCUGUUAUUGAUUCGAAACAUUCUUGUAACUCGAUAUUGCGGAUGUUGGGUGUGGUUUGUGAGGGAAAUGUGUGUGUGAAUUCGAUAAUUGUGGAAAUUUUAAUGUUGGGGUUUUUGAAAAAUGGAAAACCCGAGAUGGGGUUCGAGGUUUUUGAUAGGGCGGGUGAUUACGGGUUGAAGUUGUCUGUGUUGGGGUGUAAUCGUUUGAUUGAUUGUUUAGUGAAAGAAGAGAUGUUUGGGCGUGUUGAAUUUGUGUAUAGAGAGAUGGGGAAGAGACGGGUUGGGGUUAAUCGGGCCACGUUUAAUAUGGUGAUUAAUGGGUUGUGUAAAGCUGGGAGGUUGCGUAAAGCAACGGAUGUUUUUGAGGAUAUGCGGGUUAGGGGUGUUUCGCCGUCGGUGGUGACGUAUAAUACGCUUAUUGAUGGGUAUUGUAAGAAGGGCAGGGAUGGGAAAAUGUAUAAAGUAGACGCUCUUAUGAAGGAAAUGGUGGAAAAGAAGGUGUUUCCAAAUGAGGUAACGUAUAAUUGUGUUAUAGAUGGGUAUUGUAAGGAUGGAAACCUUGUUGCCGGUAUGAAGUUGUUUAAGGAAAUGCAAGAUAAGGGGUUGAAACCUAAUGUUGUCACGUAUAAUUCUUUGAUUAACGGGUUUUGUGGUUUGAGGAAGGUUGAUGAAGGUCUUGCGCUGUGGGCUCAAAUGGUUGAGUUGGGCGUGGAGCCGAGUCUUGUUACUUUUAAUGCUUUGAUGAACGGGUUUUCAAAGAAGCAACUCGUGAAGGAAUGUAAAGAGGUGUUUGAUGAUAUUGCUAAGCAAGGGUUAGUUCCUAAUGUGUAUACAUUUAAUACAUUGAUUAAUGCUUAUUUUCAAAAUGGAAAUUUGGAAAAAGCGGCUAAAGUGUAUAAGUCAAUGUUAGAGGAUGAUAUAAGUCCCAAAGUUUCAACUUUUAAUUCAUUGAUUGCUGGAUAUAGUCGAGUUGGAGAUAUGGAGGCUGCGAAUAAGGUUGUGGAGGUUAUGAAGGAUAGAGAUUUGAAAGCAGAUGUUGUAACAUAUAAUAUACGGAUUGGUGCACUUUGCAAAAAUGGGGAGUCAAGAGAGGCGCUAAAGCUUCUUAACGAGAUGUCGCGGGUUGGUUUGAUUCCGACUCAGUUAACAUAUAAUACUUUGAUGGAUGGUUAUCGUAGGGAAGGAAACCUCAAGGCCGCUUUGAAUGUGAUGACAAGAAUGGAAAGGGAUGGGAGGCGGCCCAAUGUCGUGACGUAUAAUGUGUUGAUUAAGGCCUUUUGUGCGAAAGGUAAGCUGGAAAUAGCUAAUGAAUUUCUUAACAAGAUGUUGGAGAAAGGUUUGGUACCUAAUCGUAUAACCUAUGAUAUUGUUAGAGAGGAAAUGAUGGAGCGAGGAUUUCUUCCUGAUAUAGACGGGCAUCUCUAUAACAAUCCUGUUACUUCUUGACUAACACCUCUCUGCUAGUGGUGGUGAUUUUUUUUGUGGGUGAACAGUUCUGCUCUAACAUGUUGAAAUCAGUUUCUUAGCAGAAAUCAAACGUAAUCAAUCGAGAAUCUGCAACCACUUCGUUGUCUUCUUUGUCAAAGGGAUAUUUAACGGGAUGUUUUGGUUUAUAAUCUGAUCAAUAUACAUUUGGUCUGAUUGCUUAAGAAGAUACACUCGCUGCUGGUUGAUCUAUGUUCCAGUUCAUUGAUCGAUCUACCCUGUUGGUUAUGGCUAGUUCAUGAAGUUCAGAUAUUUGCAAAUCAAAUUCAUAGCUCUUUGAUUUGUUCGAUUUUUGUCCACUUCAAUUUGAUAGCAGUGACAAAUUUGGAAGCAAGAUUGAGGGACACAUUUGAGUGUUGAUUUGAAGAUGAUUUGUGCUAACAUAAAUUGACCUAUUCGGCAAUUUCUAUCUUCGUUGUGAGGUUAUGAUGUUGUUACCAUCAGAAUUGAAAUGUAUGGUGGCCGCAAAGCUUACCGUCGUUUAUUUAGGAUACCACAAAAGAAGAUCAAGUGGUCUUUGAGCCUGCAGCACCGCGAUAUGUCACCAUCUACUUCUUUACUCCCCUUUUUUACCUCAAGGGAUGAUAAACCGUGGCAUGAAUGCCUUGAUGUUGAUUGUAAGCUUUUGUAGAAUUGGUGCAUUCUAGCAAUCAUACAACACAAUGGGGGGAAAAUCAGCAAGAAAAUAAACCAAAACGAGCAAAAUCAGCAAGGACUGCAAAUAAAAAGAGUGGUUCGUCAGUUCCCUCUCAUCUGCUCAAUACUGAUGUUUCUCAAGUUAAAGGAGAGACAAAAGUAUUAUCAAAUAUGAUGUUUUACUUUGCGAAUGUACCUUUGACGCAUACCUUGGAUUCAUUGCACAAAAUGGUGGCUGAAAAUGGUGGUAAUUUUUCAAUGAAUUUGAACAAUGCAGUUACUCAUUGUAUUGCUGCAGAAAGUAGAGGGAUCAAGUUUCAAGCUGCAAAGCGUCAUGGUGAUGUCAUCCAUUACUCGUGGCUUCUUGAUUGUUGUUGUUAAAAGAAACUUAUCCCCUUACAGCCAAA